UGGACCAGUCCUCUUUUCGUUUUUUUUCCCUUUUCUCUUUCCUUCUAUCGAUAUACGCAAUAUGGAUUACGAACUCGAGAAUAACCGGACAGAAGAAGAACAAGAAAAGCUCAUUAAUGAAGAGUAUAAAAUGUGGAAAAAGAACUCGCCUUUUCUAUAUGACCUUGUCAUUACACACGCGCUUGAAUGGCCUAGUUUAACGUGUCAGUGGUUUCCUGACGUAGAAGAAGUUCCCGAUAAAAACUACAAGAUGCAGCGUCUAUUGUUAGGUACACACACCAAUGAUGAUGAACCCAACUAUUUGCAGAUUGCUUCUGUCAGACUUCCUAAAGAAUACAAGUCUGAAGACGCAGUGAUGGAAGAAGCACAAGAUGAAACGUAUAUCAAAAUCACGCAAAAGAUACUUCAUGACGGUGAAGUGAAUCGUGCUCGUUAUCAGGUUCAUAACCCCGAUAUGAUUGCUACUAAAUCAAGAACGGGUGAUGUCUAUGUAUUUGACCGUACUAAAUAUGACCCUAUGCCUAAAGAAAACGAGAGAUUUAACCCUACUUUAAGAUUAGUAGGCCACGAUAAAGAAGGUUAUGGCCUAGCUUGGAGUCCUCAUAAAGCAAAAGCUACACAUUUGCUAAGUGCUGGUUUUGAUAGUAAGAUUUGCCAAUGGGAUAUCAAUGGUACAACAAAAGAAAAUCGCGAAUUAGAACCUGUGCGUACAUACACAGCUCAUGCAACUGGUGUUGAGGAUGUUGCAUGGCAUAAUAAAUUUGAAUCCAUAUUUGCUUCUGUAGGUGAUGAUGCUCGACUUAUGAUUUGGGAUGCAAGAAAUGAUGCCAAUAAACCCAUUCACAAUAUUCAGGCACAUGAAGCUGAAGUCAAUUGUGUUGCAUUUUCCAAUAAUGAAUGGAUUCUUGCUACUGGUUCUGGUGAUAAAACUGCUGCAUUAUGGGAUUUGCGUAACCUGAAAUCAUCUUUACAUAGCCUAAGAGCUCAUCAAUCAGAAAUUCUUCAGUUAUCUUGGUCACCUCAUCAUGAUUCUGUCUUGGCUACAGCCAGUAGUGACCGAAGAAUUCUUGUCUGGGACCUUGCUCGUAUUGAUGCUCCUCAACUGCCUGAAGAAGCAGAAGAUGGUCCUCCCGAACUUUUGUUCAUGCAUGGUGGUCAUACAAACAAAAUUUCUGAUUUUGGCUGGAAUCCAGCUGAACCUUGGGUACUAUCAAGCACUGCAGAUGAUAAUAUUGUUCAAGUUUGGCAAAUGGCCAGUAAUAUCUAUAACCCACCUAAACCUGAAGAUACUCCAACUGCUCCUAUUGAAUCUAACCCAGUUGAAAAUAAUACAUCGCCUACUCAUACACAACCACAAUCACCUCCACCUCCACCAUCAUCCUCUACUCCUCCACCACCUCCACUACCAUCCACACAAGAUGAAAAGAUGGAAGGAUAAAAUUAAACAAGAAAAUUUCUCUAGUCACGAAAUUUUUCCCUUUCCUUUCUUUAAAGAAUAAAGUGAUCUACAAAAAUUUUUGUUAUCUA